AUGAGCAUUGAAAAUUUCCCCUCAUUAAACGCAGAGGAAUUCUCGGAAGCGUGUCAUCACCUUGACAGGCAGUAUUGUCGAGCUUCCCUAGGCCCCGAACGAGCACGCUGGAAACUCAGGCUCUGCAACGCUCUCUGCACCGACUUUGCUUAUGGAGGAGGUUUCACAACAUAUAUUCAGAUAAAACGUCCGCUCGAGUUUGACCUAGAUCAUGGAGAUCUCUCAUUGGAUUUGGACGGAUUCUCCUUCGAAGAAAAACAACCUCAUGUAUCAAUAGCAGCAGACAGGGAUAUGCUAGACGCCGAAGAAGCAGACGAGGCUGCUCUGAUUAGACAACAAGCUCGCCCGGAGAUUGCCAUGGUGGAAUACGAAAUUCAUCUUCACCCCACAUAUCGUGUGCCUUGUCUAUGGUUCACUCUACGCAACCUACCCGCCGAUGAGCCUGCAUUUGACCUUGACACCGUCUUUCGCCGUCUGGUUCCGGACGAGUACAAGGCCGGCCUCCGGUCACUCGGCAGUGUAGGCGGGAUAUCGGCCGAUCACCACCCUAUCACGGGCGUCCCAUCCUUUUUUGUCCACCCCUGCUUGCUCGGGGACGCCAUCUCCAAAUUCGAGUGCGAUAGGACGAACUACCUCAUGAUAUGGCUCGGACUCGUGGGAGGUUGCGUGGGCUUGUGGGUGCCAAAAGAAAUGGCAAUGCAGUAG